CCUCUCUCAGGUUUCUCUCUGACGUGACUGACGUGAGAAAUACGUAUAUUUUAGCAUUUUUUCAUGAGGAUCAAGUACGUGAUUGAGGAAGGAUGGUAGUCGAAGAAAAGGUGGACCUUUCGAAGGAGAAUCAGACGCAGAAUGGAGUUACGGCGAAGGAGCCGAGGACGUAUUCCUUGGAGAUCCUGAAAAUAAUCAAGGAAGCGCAACAGCAGCAUGGGUUGAGACACGGCGAUUACCAGCGGUAUCGCGGUUACUGCUCGAGAAGACUCAGGAGAUUGCGGAAGGUGUUGAAAGUGCCGCAGGGUGACAGGCGUCAUUUCAAGAGGAGAGACGUCACCGCGACUAUGGUCAGCGAGGACAAGUUCCUGCAAGUGCCCUUGAUGAUGGCCGAGCGCGCGUGGAGCCACGCGAUGCAACUGCGUCAGGAAUCUAACACGGAGCCCAGGAAGAAGUUUCAUCUGAUAUCGAGGCUCAAGAAAGCAGCUGCAUACUCGUUACAGUUGCAAGAUUUAAUAGAGAAUAUAAAUUGCGACGCACGUACGAAACUCGAGGCUCAGGCAUACGUAGCCUGGAUGAACGGUUCCCUGCAGUUUGAGUUGCAACUGUGGAAACAGGCCAUGGAAAACUUGAAGAAGGCACAGGUGGUAUAUGGUAAUCUGGCAUCUGCGCUGCCAGAACUGGAGCAGAUCGUGUACAAGGCACGCGUCGAGGAGUUGGCACCCAGUCUGAGAUACUGCGCUUAUAACAUUGGAGAUACCAGCGCUAUGGACGAUCUCAUGCAGAUGCGUGGGCAAUUGAGCGGUGAACUGAUGGCCAGCCUGGACUCUCUGAUAGCUCAGACGCGGGAGAAGCAAGCUAAUAUCGAAGAGGUGACAUGGCGUGGGAAAUCCUGCGGUACGGUACCACCACGAGCGGCUGGUUUGAUCAUCGCAGACUCCAGAUUGAAUCAAGCUCUGGAGAGAGCCGCCACCAAUCAAGCCAAGAUUGAUCUGCUGGAGGCGCAUCUGAUUGACUGCAAGGAUGCUCUAUUGGCGGUGCGUGACCACUUCAAGAAUGAGUUGAAGAAAGAGAAUGACAAGUGGUCGCCACAGCAACAUCUGAUCAAUUAUCUGCAAUAUAUUCGGCUAUCUCGUACAUUGGAACGCAAUCUGACGUUGGUCAAAGCGGCAGAGGAAUCGGAUAAAGCCAAGCCACAGGAUAUAGUGCGUUUGUAUGAGGCAGCGUUGCACAAUCUUGUGGAGAUAUCUCAGUUGCAAGACGACCCAGAAUUUUUGGAGGAGCAGGAGGCGAAAACAAAAUGUUACAGAGCCUUCAGAUGUUUCUACAUGGCCCAGAGUCUCGCCAAUCUGCAUCGUUGGCGCGAAGCUAUGGCCUUAUAUCAGAGAUCGCUGCAGCAUGUUAAAGAUGCACUUAAAUAUAACGCGAUUCUUCCAGCUGCGCUGAAGGAAGCCUUGUGCAAUUUGGAGACCUCUGUGGAGGCUGCGCAGUAUGCUGCUCAUGCCCACAGCGUUCUGGAGGACGGUCAGGAGGAAGAGAGUGGAACCAGUAAGCUUGCCAAAAGCAAGAAACCGCUGUACGAACGUUUGCACGAGUACAGAGAGGAUCCGGCACUUCUCACGAAGCAACCGAACGUCUAUAAACUGCCACCACCGAUGCGUAGCAUUCCUUGCAAACCUUUGUUCUUCGAUCUGGCUUUUAACAUGGUCGAGUUUCCUGAUCUGUCGCAUAAAAUGGGCGAUCAGGCUAAGAGGGGACAGGCUGGUCUUACCGGCUUUGUCAAGGGUCUCUGGGGUUGGGGAAACAAAUGAAAUUAUAUACAGCAGAUACAGCAGAAGUUUGAUAUGCGAAAGAAUUUUAGACACAUUGUACAGACAGUAUUGUUAUGAUGCUGUAUAUUGUUUCUACUGUUUCUAUAGCAACCAUUGGUCCAACAAGCAUUUUAUUUUAAUGCAAAUUGAAUUUACACUAAUAUUAUUGAAGGGAAAAAAUAAAAUGGAACACUUAA